UGCGGAUAAUUAACUUAACGAGUUAGUGAGUUAGUUAACCUAUUUCCUGGCCAUAACUAAGCAAUGGCCUCCACCACGACCAGCAUUUGAGGCGUUAACCUUCAGCAUCUCUUUCAACUUCCCUUCUUUACUCUUUUCUCACCUCCCCUCCCCUCCCCUCCGGAUUCAGCUGCUCGCCGCCGGCAAGUUCAUAUCCCACUCAUCAUGAACAGCGACUCUGGUGUUCAGUUUGUCGCUGCUAGACCUAGAAAGCGACGUCGCAGGGAACUAUCGACUACACCACAUGGCCAACCCUGGCGACCAAACGGGGAAUCGUCGAACCCAACCCCUCGUGCAUCCCUGCCGCCGUUACGAUAUCCUGGAGAUGGACUUGAUUUUCGAAGACCAGUCGCCUCCCCCGCGCUUGACGAAGGUGUUAUUGACCUUACAAACGAGCCGGACUCGCCGGAAUUCACGCGGCAGGAGAAUCCUCAAGGGAGGAACGUGGGUUCGAGAAGGCCGCGACAAUCUCAAUUUGGGGGAGAGAGAAUUGCGGAUGUGGUUGACUUGGAAGAAGAAGAACCGGAUCCCCCGAGUAGCCCGGAAGUUCAGUUUCUUUCAGCAAAUGUGAGACCACCACGACCGCCACCUCCUAGGCCUCAAGGCCUCAUCAGCUCGAACUUCUGGCGAAUGCUCCAACUCCCCCAUACCGGAUUAAUGGCAUCUGCUCCGCUACCUGGUGAUGAUGCGUACGGGCGACAUGUUCCCUGGAGAACACCCGCUUUCACUCCGGCCGACCUGGAAACUCUGUGGAUUGGCGAAGGCCCUGCUGGAGCCAUUGAUCUCACAAUUAACUUGGAUAUGGACUAUCUCUCGGGACUAACACCGGAAAGAGGACGCCCGGGCAGCUCGUACAAGCCUCCUAGCCCACCGCCGGAAGGGUUUACACGAUCGGUUGGAGAUGAUGAUAUCGCCGUAUGCCCAAAUUGCGACGCAGAGUUGGGUGUAGGGGACGACAGAAAGCAGCAAAUAUGGGUAGCAAAGCAAUGUGGACAUGUUUAUUGUGGGGAGUGUGCCACCAACCGCUCUUUGACGAAAGCGAAAAAGACCACCACAAGAACGAAACCUUUCGCUAAAUGUCAAGUUCCCGAGUGUGGCAAGCCGAUCAGUGCCCCCCGAUCGAUGUUCCAAAUAUAUCUAUGACGAGCACGGCGUGCUAUAUACGGUCUGGCAUGCAUAGCCUGGUGUUAGGGUGUGUUCCUUUUCUCAACAGUUUUCUCUUUCGAUACCCUCAUCGCAUUUGGUUCUGGUGGAUGGAUCUCGGUGUAAAUGUUUCUUCCCAACUUAUAUUGGCGCAGGCGCACUUUUUGGGUUAUGUUAAGCCAAUGACAUACUUAUCUAUUAAGUACGGAAUAAUUAGAAACCUAAUGUAUCGACACAGUAAAGAU